UACAAAAAUUUUCCGGUUAGUUAUAGUUCGAGUCUCCUCAAAAAAGAAAAAUUUUAAAUAUAAAAUUUAUAGAACUUAUUAUAUUUGUAUAUCUAAACAUUGCGGAUUCAUUUUCUCAUUUAUGAAACAUGGAGGGUAUUAACGAACAAGAAAUUCAAGCCAAUCAAUGGGUAAAAUUUGGUUUAAGAUUGGCAGUAAGUGCAGCUCUGCAUCCUUUCGAAUAUUCCAAAGUUUUAAUACAGUUGGGAUAUGAACCAAUUGCCCCUAGACCAGGAAAAUCUAUAUUUGGAAAGGAUAUAUAUGUUUUACCAAACAUAUUUCGCUAUACGAGUUAUAUUAAACGGGUUGAUGGAUUUAGUGGUUGUUAUCGUGGUCUAACGCCCAAGUUAGUUGGUACAGUAGUUGGGUCCAUUUGUAGUGAAAGGAUAGCUGACAAAUUAGGAGUAACUGAUGACAAACUCAGACAGGAAAGUGAAGAAUUAUCUGAUGAAGAACAAUUUGAUAAAUUUUUGCAAACACUUAAAAGAGAUGUAGUUGUUCAUGCUUCAGGAAUAAUUGUUACACAUCCUUUUCACGUUAUUUCAUUAAGAAUGAUGGCAACUUUCAUUGGCAGAGAAACAACAUAUAGGAGUUUAAUAGGCUCUAUUGUAGAAGUUUAUAAAAAUGAUGGUAUAUUUGGAUUUUUCAAUGGAAUUAUUCCAAAAUUGUUAUGUGACUUAGCAUGUCUCGUUUUAACUAGUACAACUGUUUAUUUAUUUAACAAGCAUUUUAUACAAGAUCAAGAUGGAAGGCAAUAUUUUGCUAGUUUUACUCAAUUUGUCUAUGCCAGUCUACUUUAUCCUCUCAAUGUUGUGUCAACUUGUACUGCAGUAUCAGGAUCUGGACUUGCUGCUGGACGACCACCAAUAAUGCCAGAAUAUAUAAGUUGGAAAGACUGUUAUAAUGAUCUAAAAACGCGCGGAGAACUAAAACGUGGAAAUUCCUUAUUCUGGAGAUCGUUACCUCGUCACUCGCCAAAUGCGAUGAAAAUUUCAGUCAUGAAAGAUUCCUCCGUACCACUACCCUCAAUUACCAAAUAUGCUUAAAAUAAUAUUCAACUUGAUGGGAUGACAUUAUUUCGUUUUUAUACCACCUUAGCAAUAAAAAUGCAAACGAGAAAAUGGUUUAUUUUUACAGUGGAUUCCAAAAGUUGACUUGUGUUAGGUAGCAUUUAUAAAUUUUCAUUGUUCAAUUUUUAUUUAGUUUGUAUACUAAUAGUAUUUUCAAAAAAAAAAAAAAAACGAAAAAAUUUUGCAUUAUUUGUUCAAAAUUAUUUUGUGAAAUAAGUAUGAUCAAAUAAAUUAUGGAUGGAAUUGAUCAAAAUUUAAAUAGAUUGUUUGUAUUUGAAAUUUAAAACACCUAUCAUUUGGAAAUUAGAAUUUUCUGCACUAAAAUUUUAACUGAUUUUUUAAUUUUAGAAGCAAAUAUAUUUUUACAAAUAAUGCAUUAAAUUCUAAACAGAAUUUUUU